AGAUCGGAAGAGCAGCAGGCAUACAGGACCCGAGCUGAGGCAGCAGCAGCAUCACAGGGAGCUCAGUGCAGGUUGAAGGCCGACUCUCCGCUCCUCUCUCCAGGCUCUCUCAGAUGCUCCGGCGCAGCGGCAGUAUGCGCGGCUUGUUGCCCGCCCUGCUCUCGGUUCUUUUCGCCGGGCUCGCGGCAGCUGCGUCCUCGGAUCUGUUUGAUAAUCAGCUGGGUGACAUCAAUUACUGCAAAAAGCAAUGCCAGCUCACCAUCAAAAACAAAAGCCCCGCUAAAGACUCCAUAAUGAACGCCUGUCACCGUGGCUGUCGCCUGUACUCCAUCUGCCAGUUUGUCAAUGGGGAUGCCGGCUUUAAUACCAGCAAGGAGGAGUGUCAGGGAGCUUGCCAGGAGGCAUACAUCAAGCUGCUGGAGCAAGAGGCCUGCAGUACCGGCUGCUCCAGCCAACCCUCUGAACCUGAGAUCAUGAGGAGGAAGCUGAGGGCCAUGACCCUGCGCCCGAAGCCCCCCUCUGUGAUGGAGGCUAUGUCUAGCUGGUGCAAUGACAUCGUCAGCUCGGCCCAGAGCUUCAUCUCCUCCACCUGGACCUUCUACCUGCAGGCUGACGAUGGCAAGGUUGUGGUUUUCCAGAGCCAGCCAGAGAUGGAGUACUCUAUGCCUGAGCUGCAGGCUCCUCGAUCCAGUGUGGCUGACAAACCCUGGCCCCAGGUCCACUCCCACACCCAAAGACCCCAUGGUGUUAAGGGACGAGGAGAAAAAGGGGCAGGCAAAGCAGCGGUCAAAGGGAAGCAUCCAAUCCAGCACACAGAGGAUGCUGCAGCUGACCAUGACUUCCUGGGCUGCAUGUCAAGACGUUCAGGCCUUCCGCGGUGGAUUUUAGCUGCUUGUCUCUUUCUGUCCAUCAUGGUCAUGUUGUGGCUCAGCUGUGCCAGCCUCGUCACUGCACCGGAGCAGCACAUCAAGACACAGCUCAGUAUCAACGGAGAUAAGGAGUUUAUUGAACAUGUGCACAAGGUCAACCCGUUUCAUCUGAGUUCCAUGAUAGCUGUCAGUGUGAAGCAGUCGGAGGAAAUUCAGGAGGCGGGACCACUUCCAGUCAAAGUUGACCUCAAUAAAACCUGUGUUUAGAGAGAAAGCUACUAUUUCCUGUUACUUCUGGUAAACAUGUGCAAAACAUGUGGCCUGUCAUCAAUUCGCCACUCAGCAGAGUUUUUAAUAAACAUUCAAUAAAAAGCACGGCUCCAUAUCCUGCUAUUCAGAAUGAUCAGUAACAUCUCAUGUCAGUCAGAUGAACAUUUCAGUUUUUCACUGUACAGCCCAGAUUUCUGCAAGUUCAUCUUCAGAUUAUCAUUAAUGAUAUGCUUUGCUCAUUGGCUAGGGAAGAGACUCAGCCUUGUCUCAGAUCUACACAUGAGACGAGCAGAGAGGAUAGAUUACAGCGAAGAGCUCACUGUCAUUUUUAAUGUUGAGUUUAGACAAACGUGAAGAUUCGUGUUAGAUUUAAUUUAUCUUGUUCUUGCAGAGUUGGGAUUAAUUAAAAUGGCUCGCUCAGACUCGAGAGAUGAAAAGAAGUGUGAGAGAGGGGAGAGGAAGAUGAAUGAAAGGUGAGCAAAAUACUUGACAGCGCUGCAGGAAACAAACACAGUAACAAAUACGCAGUUUAUGAUCUGUUUACAUAAUCAACUUUAUGAGCUCUUCAGAAAUAUCGCCUUGGCAAACAGCUCUGAAAUUGAAAAUCCUCUUCUUGACAGCGCUCUCAGGUGAGUAAUCCUCACCAGGGAGACAAAAACCAAAUUAGCGUCUUUAUGUAAUCUAAUUCCUGUGUGUGUUUGGAUAAAUCUGCAACAGCACUCAUUCAUCUGUGGAGAACAAAUUCAAACGACUGCAUCUGGACUUGCGUACUGAAAAUGAGAAAAGCUGAAGCCGUUAUUUAUUUUCUUCUCCAUUUAUUUUGAAUCAUCAACAUAGGUAAUCUGUUAAAAUGUUACUGAAGUGCCAUGGACAUUUGAUGCAUCACACAAGUGUAAAUGCUCUUUAUGUUGAACCAUUACAGCACAGACUUUACAAAAGAACAAUAGAAUCAGUUACUGUAUUAAUAUAACUAUGAUUAUUAUCAUUAUAUCACUUCAAGACUUUGUAGCUGUUACCUGUGCAAUGUGCUUUCUAAUAGCUGACUACUUUGUAUGUCCUAGGAGCACACAUUGAAGGAUAACCCCUGUAAUAAUGUGUAAUACAAAGCUUUGAAUAUAGACCUUUGUUAUUGACCAGAGUUGCACAGUCCUAGACAAGAUAUUUUGUUUUUCUCUCAGUGCUUUUGGUGUCCUGUAAUGCUCUCUUUUAACCCUGGCUAUGUAGACAAUUAACCGUGCAUGCAAGUGGUAUAUCUUUUUUUUACAAAUGAUGGUUUAUUCUAAGCGCUUGCCAUGCCAGUAAUGGCAAUUCUCUACUGUGGACUUGUGUUUUUUUUCUGUUUUUGUGUUCAUAUUUACCUUUAACCUAGAACGUAUAACACUGAUUUAUAGCAAGGACUCUUGAUUAAAAAAGCCAUCUGAUCAAUGUAUGUGCAGCUUCAAGCUGAUGGUUACAGGAUUUCAAACUGUAUUUGCUCCUUUUUACUGUUUAUUUCCAAUGAAAUGAUAUGACAUAAAAUAAAGUGUUUUCAUUGUAAAUAAAAAAAAUAUGCAAGUU